AUCGAUCGAUCGAUCGAGGAAGCGGGAGAGGGAAUGGCGGCGGGCGUGCAAGGGCAGCUCCUCGAUAUCAAUGUUCUAGGAUGCAGGAAUUUGAGAGACAAGGAAUGGCUGUCGAGGCAGGAUCCAUACGUUGUGAUCACUUAUGCCAGUAGCAAAUUGAGGACAAAGACCGACACAGAUGGAGGAAGAAAUCCGUCCUUCAACCAGAAGUUUGUGCUGCCUCUCAUCGAGGGGCUCCGUGAGAUAAACGCGGAGGUGUGGAACAGCAACACGCUUACAUUCGAUGACUUCAUUGGCUCUGGAAGGAUACUGCUGGAUAAAGCUCUCACCACGGGCUAUGAUGAUUCAACGUGGAACCUAACAUCAAAAAGUGGAAGAUAUGCCGGAGAACUGCGGGUCAUUCUACACUUCACGAAAACGCCAAAACCAGUAGCUCCGAUGGUCUCAUCUCCAUAUGCAGCGCAGCUAUACUCCACGCCUCCACAGCCUUAUCCGUACGCUGCUCCACCACCAACAGCGGCCCCAUAUCCAGCUCCUGCGGCUCCAUAUUCGUCGCAAUCAUACUACAAUCCACCACCACAGCAACAGCAUCAGCAACAACAUAGUGGAGCGUAUUCCAGCUAUGGACCUGGACCUUAUUCGCCACAACCAUAUCCAUCUCCAGCUCCCCAGGCCGGCUAUUCAGCAGCUUAUUCUCAUCCUCCACCACCAUCUCCGUAUACGCAUCAGCAGCCACCUCCUUAUGUUCCUACAGCUCCAGCUUCGUAUGGGCCUCCUCCAACUUCGUCUGGCUAUCCUCCAGUAUAUCAAGAGUAUCCAUACCGGCCGUAUUGAAGCGUUUUUCUUCAUUUUUUUCGCUAGUGAUCAGUCACCUGUACAUAAGAUUUUCUCGUAGCUUUAGAGCCAAGCGAUGUAUUCUGACAAGAAUCUAGAAUAAUGGAAGUGGGCUUACUUUU